AUCGCCAAGGCUGAGGAACGUUGUUUCUUUAACCCGCAGCCCCCAGCGACAAUCAAGUCGUCAACAAGACGGAAAAUCCAAAAAGCCUGUGAAUUUUUUUUUUGCUGAAAGAAAAAAGAAAGCCAAGUCAAGAUGCGGUUUACCCUCGCAACUGUAGCCGCGCUUGUGGCCCCCAUCAUCGCAGACACCAUUACGCCAGCACCUACAACAACAUCAGACGGGUGGUUUGAUGGCGUGCCUCCGUGGGCGACUAGCGACCCCGCAAAGUGGUCGUCCAUUUACAACUCGCUGCUUUCCGAGGGCAAGAUCCCAUCGACGUUGACAGCAGUCCCAUGGCCAACCGGCAGCUAUGGGCCUGGCCAAGGACCCUGGGGUCCAGGACACGGCCCUGGAGGAGGACCAGGUCACUGGGGAGGCCCCUCCGGCCCAGGUCCCUGGGGCCCCUCCAACUACGGCCCCUUCAGCGAGUGGUCGACGCGCUCCGACUGGCGCUCCGGGCCGUGGACCGCAUGGUGGGAUGGAUCCAAAUGCCCAGCGUCGGACUGGCCGGGCUGGACCGCAGGACCCUGGAGCACCGCCCCGCCGUGGACCAGCUGGGCGGGCUGUACCGCCAGCACCACGGCUACCAGCGUCGUCACAACCACUGUUAGCGGUGUCGUGGCCACGUCUACAACCUACGGAUUGCAGGUUGCCGCGGCCGCGGCCGAGGAAGGAAGUGGCAGUGCGAGUGGCAGUGCGACGCCGCAAGCUACCGGGACGAGGGCCGCUGCGGGUCGCGUUGAGGUGGGCUUGGGUGUUGUGGUUGGAGCGGCGGUUUUGGGUCUUGCGGCGUUGUAGUAGCGAGAAAAUGCGAUAUACAUUGCAGGUUCUGUGCAAGUAUUGCUAGAUGAACGAAGAAAGGGGGUUUGAGCAGGGGGUGAUCUUUGAUUUUUUUUAAUGAGAUACUAUAUGAAUGCAUGAAUGAAUGAAUGAAUCAAGUUGAUGGCUUGGGGAUAGACAAACCUGGUA